UCAUUUAAAUCUUAAAUCCGUUUCAUAAAAUUCUUCCUACUUUUGCUACUUACUCGUUAAUUAAUUUAGUUUUAAUUUAAAGUUUCGUCUUUGUUAUCCUUUAUCUGACUUGUAGGAACCACUAAAAGUAAGGAAUACAUAUUUUAUGAGACGGAGAGAGUAGAAUAGAAUACUCGGUUAUAAUAAACCCAAAAAAUAAAAUAUAAUAAUGGUGAUGGUAUCUUUUAAGCUAACCUUGCGUUGGUCUUGUUAUUAUUAAUUCUCUCUCACUUGUCAAAAAUUAUGGAUUCCAUUUCUGGGUUUCGUUGGAAGAUUCUCCCACAUUUAUUUCUUCCUAGAAUCCAAUACUCCUUGUAUUUCUCGAUGUUCUUGAGAUAAUUCCAAGUUUCAGGUAAUGCAGAUUUGUUGGGCCGUUGAAGUUGGUUUUAGUAGCUAGAGAAGUUGAUAGUCGUUUUUACUUCAUAUGAACAUGAAUUCGCCUACUGCUCAAUUUUUAGUGUCAAGAAGGAUGAAUAUAUACGAGCCUCUUCACCAGAUUAGUUCAUGGGUAGACAGUUUCAGAGAUGAUGGCUUUCCAAAUGUAUCUCCGUCCACUGUUGUAGAAGUAAAUGAGAGACUAGACACCUUGUCAGAGGACACUUCAUCUCAUGGAGGACAGGCACCUUCAAACAGAUAUGACCAGGAAGCAUCUAAACCUACUGACAAGGUACAAAGACGUCUUGCACAAAAUCGUGAGGCUGCUCGCAAAAGUCGUAUGCGGAAAAAGGUCUAUAUUCAGCAAUUAGAGUUGAGCCGUUCAAAAUUGAUGCAAAUGGAGCAAGAGCUUGAACGAGUGAGACAACAGGGUACACUUGUGAGCAGUGGUAUUGAUCCGCUUCCUUUCUCUGCGACUGUAAAUUCAGGGAUUGUUGCAUUUGAGAUGGAGUAUGGACAUUGGGUUGAAGAGCAGAAUAAACAGAUUUGUGAACUCAGAAAUGCGUUGAAUACCCAUAUAACCGAUGUUGAACUCCGGAUUCUGGUAGAUAGUGGCAUGAAGCACUAUUUUGAUCUUUUUCAAUUGAAGGCAGGUGCAGCAAAGGCCGACGUAUUCUACCUCAUGUCUGGCAUGUGGAAAACGUCAACUGAGCGCUUUUUCUUGUGGAUUGGGGGGUUCCGUCCAUCGGAUUUAUUAAAGGUACUUGGGCCUCAGCUUGAACCCUUGAUAAACCAACAAGUGAUGGAUGUCUAUAACCUCAAACAAUCAUGUGAGCAAGCAGAAGAGGCACUGUCACAGGGAAUGGAUAAACUCCAGCAGACUCUGGCAGAAACCGUAGGUACAGAUCGAUUAGGCGAAGGGAUUUACACUUCAGAAAUGGCUAACAAUGCAAUUGAGAAACUUGAAGCUCUUGUGAGCUUUGUAAACCAGGCAGACCAUCUUCGACGGGAGACUCUACAGCAAAUGCAUCGGAUCCUCACUGUACGUCAAGCAGCUCGAGGUUUAUUAGCUCUAGGGGAGUACUUCCAGCGUCUAAGGGCUCUAAGCUCCCUUUGGUGCAGCCGUCCUCGUCAGCCAUCUUAGUUUAACCGACAAAGUAUCAAUUUUUCAGCCCAUCAAGGUGCGCUUGCAGCAAUAUUAUUAUUGCACUUCAUGUAUAGCUUGAUAUAUUCUUGAAGAACCGCGCCCUCCCUCAACAGGAAACUUUGUAUAUAACAGCAGCAAUGCAAUUGUUUCCGAUGCUAGCCCCUGACUUGAAGAUUAUAUUUUUGAAAGUUGGUUUACCCAUAUGAGUGUGAUGUAUGUAUGUACAUGUAAAUGAUGUAGGCAUAUUUGUGUACGUCAUCAAUUUUGUAAAUCAUUAUCUUAGUGCUAUCCAAUAAAUAUAUGAAGGCAAUGUAGUAGCCAUACAUGGUGCAGUCAACUUAGUGAAUCACGGAUUCAUGGUGCAUUGGUGAGGCUUGGUAUACUGAAAUGAUGUUUGAUGCAAAAA